GCCGCCAGGGAGCGCCACACACCCUUGCUGGCUCACCGGUUUGGAAACCGGUUGGGCCUUUGGUGACGUUCUUCCGGUGCUAGCCGGCCGCUCGGGCUAGGCUGUGGGAGCGUCAUGGCGGUGCACCGGGGACCCUCAACGAAAUGGCUCUUCACCCGGGACCAGCUUGAAAACACGCCGUCUCGACGUUGCGGGAUCGAGGCCGACAGGGAGCUUUCUUACCGACAACAAGCCGCCAACCUCAUCCAAGAUAUCGGCCAGAGGCUCAACGUCUCUCAACUGAUCAUCAACACCGCUAUAGUGUACAUGCACAGAUUUUAUAUGAUUCACUCUUUCACCAAGUUCCACAGAAAUAUUAUCUCCCAAACAACAUUGUUCCUCGCAGCUAAAGUUGAGGAGCAGCCCCGGAAGCUGGAGCAUGUCAUUAAAAUAGCUCACGCCUGCAUAAACCCCCAAGAGCCAGCCCUAGACACUAAGAGCAAUGCAUUCCAUCAGCAGUCACAAGAGCUUGUAGCGCUGGAAACCAUCGUCCUGCAAACCCUGGGUUUUGAAAUUACUAUCGAUCAUCCACACACAGAUGUUGUAAGGUGCUCCCAGUUGGUACGAGCAAGCAAGGAUUUGGCACAGACUUCCUAUUUCAUGGCUACCAACAGUUUGCACCUCACCACGUUCUGCCUGCAGUAUCGGCCCACAGUGGUCGCCUGCGUCUGUAUCCAUCUUGCGUGCAAGUGGUCAAACUGGGAGAUCCCUGUGUCGACCGAUGGCAAGCACUGGUGGGAGUACGUGGACCGCACGGUAACCCUGCAGCUGCUGGACGAGCUCACACAUGAGUUCCUUCAGAUCCUGGAGAAGACGCCCAGCAGGCUGAAGAGGAUCCGAAACUGGAGGGCCAUUCAAGCUGCUAAGAAGCCAAAGACAGAAGGUCCUUCUGUGGACGGCGCAUUCCAGGGGGCAUCAUUAGACAACCUCCCUAGUGUCGCCAGCUCCUUCUUCCCUUCCACCUCCACGUCAGACUCCACCGAGAUGUCCCUGGGUGCCAUAUCGGGCGCCUAUGCCUCCUAUCAGCCGCUCGGUGACCCUUUCUCCCAGCCCCCCCAUUCGGACUUAACUGUGUUGAAGCACGAACACAAAACUGCAGGCGGUUCUGCCAGUAAACCCCAACAGCUCGCUGGAAAUCCAGCUCCUUUUUUGCGGCCGCAGAAAGUUUUAACUCUGGAAAAGUACAGAGAGAAACACGCAGCGGAGCUCGCUCUGCAGAACGGCAUCAAGGAGGAGGCCAGCACAGACAUGUACACACCGCCACCCGCCGCUCCCUCGCACCACCACAAGAAGCGCUGCCAGCCUCUGGCAGGCAGCCAGCCAGGUGAAGGCAGGCGAGAGAAAUCGAGCUCCAAAAAGACUCGGGUGCCCGCUUCUUUCUCAGAGAACGGCUCGGCCACUAGCGAGGAGCUCAAAAUGAGGAUCAAGGUGUCAUCGGAGCGCCAUGGCACCUCCGACCCAGGUAAAGACAAGCACAAGGAGCAUGCAAGCCACCGCCACUCCAAACACAGCCACUCCCACCCGUAUUCCCUUGGCGCCAGUUGCCGGGUGGAUGCCGCUUCUGUGUCCCAGCGACCUCCAGGCGGCGAUUGUAGCUCGGCGUUUUCUCGAAAGAGGCCUCACCCCAACGUAGGCCACCACCACCACCACCACUCGUCCAAGAGCAGCAGAUGCUCAAAGGCGGCCAUUAGCUCAGUCCACUACUCUGAUAGCAGCCAGAGGAUGAUGGAGCACCACGGUCACGAUGGUACCAACGGGCUGCUGACGGCCAACGGCCAACACACAGACUACAAAGACACUUUCGACAUGCUGGACUCUUUACUAAGUGCCCAAGGAAUGAACUUAUAACCUCCAGUGUUGUUCCCACUGCCAUAUUACAGCAUUGAAUAGACUUUUGUUUUGGGUUUUUUUUUUUAAAUGUCUUAAAUUAUAUGAAUUUCUCACUGUCCACACUGCUGGUAAUUCUUGUGAAGCUGUCCAAUGUAACAGCAUGAUGCAUCAAGCUGUGUGUGACGACAAAACAAACAAAAAAAAAACAUUUUCUUUUCACAAUUUUAAUGUGCAUGUUUGAAGUUUUAAAACAAAGGGAAGCCGCAAUAGCUAUGAGUGCUUGCAGCCAUCACAGCAGUUUACACAGUUAAUUUAUGUUCUUCUAAUGUUCCACUAAAAAUCUCAGGUCAUAAACAUUUUUAAUAUAAGAACAAAUCUUUUGGGUUUUCGUACCUACUUGUGCGGAGACUCACUGCCUUGUCCGAUAUGCAGACAUCAGAAACUUGGUAUCUCUCUGGGGCACAGUCUGCUUAUUAUUUUUGUAGUGAUAAUUUUUUUCCCCCUUACAAUCCUCCCUAAGCAGCGCAUGAGCUCCACAAGUAGACCCAGAGUUUAGAUCUGCAAUUGAAGCUGAUGUAACAUCUGUGAAGAGUGCUUUUCUGAUCUAUCGGCUGAAAUUGCUCGAGGCCUUUUAAUUGUACUGCAACCCACCACUCCCUCCACGGGUGUGAUAAAUGUAAUUGUCCGAAAAUACCAACGUCUGUUACAAGAUGGUGUAAAUAGGACUGCAGUUCACAUUUACAGUUGUUGGCCAACGCCUUUGAUGUCUGUUGAAAUCUUAUGCAGGCAGUUCUCUUCAACUUGUGUAUUGGGAACCCAAAUAAAGGUGUUA